AGUGUCUUAUGUUGACAUUUGGAAACACACUACCGUACUCCUCCACCUCCUUGAUAGUUGGGAGGGAGAGAAUUGAAAGGAGAGAAAAUAAAUAAAUAAAUAAAAAAUGGCGGAUGAUGGUCUGGUUUUGGUUCGUGAAGAUCCAAAUGAAUGUGAGCAAAUCCAUUCCUUGAAAAAAAUCCAAUUGAAAGAAUGGUCCAUGGUGGUGAUCAGAGACUCUACCGCCCACGAUGAUUGCUCCAUCUUCCCACCUAUCAACCAUGAAAAUCUCCCCAUUUCCGAACAACACCCGUUAUCACCUUCAUCAUCUUCUUCGUCUUCGUCAUCAUCUCCAUCUUCAUCAUCACCACCGCCAAACCCAUUUUCGUCAUCUUCAUCGUUGUCAUCCUCGCCGUCCGAUUCCACUGCCUCGGACCCACAACCAGCUCCGCCGCCGUCGUCCAAUUCCCAGGUGAAACGAGCCGGCGAGGUGACGAGGUGGAUUGGGGUUGGGCUCGAGGUCAUACGUUGUAAGGUUUUUGCCUUGGUUUCCUCGUUCCGAAAUUAUGAUGCCACCAAAGGGGCAUUCUGGCCAUUUUGCCCCGUCGCGGCGGCGGCGGCGGUGUUUUGGAUGUUGUUCGUGCAGGCUCGGCAGCGGCGGCGACGAAUGGAGAGUAAGGGUCGUUUGAUACAGGCCAUUAAGGAGAAAGAUGAGAUUACACAACUGUUACACCAAAUUGCUCAAAUGAAUGAAGUUCUGGUAGCCCGUCACAGAGAUCUGACAUCAAAAAUGUCUAAGUAAUUGCAAAAGGGGCGCCAUUUGAUAGCAACUAUCACGUUUGACAUAAGAACUUUGAAGCAUUGAGGCUUAAAAUUGACAUUAACUAAAUUGAUUGAUGUGCUGCUCAAAUCCUGGUUGCAGUUCCUGUGUCAUAUCCAAACACCACUGCCUUUUUUAAGUGGAAGAACAUAAUGAUCGAUUGCUCAACACUCAUGAAACCACAAUUUGAACUCUGCAAACUCCAUGGAUUCUGGAGCAUGUGACUGACUCAUGGACCAGCAUCUCUGAGCAUUCGAAUGAACUUCAGAUUUACCAUACUCUUCAUGAUUUGAUGUGGCCAAGUAAUAGUCUGGGUCUUUGUUUUUUGUUAAUGAAGUGCCAAGUCCAGUAGAUUAAUGUAGUUUCUUGAAUUUGUAUAAAGAUUAGUUAAAUGUCUUAGGUUAUUUUUUUGUACCCGUUUUCCUAUGUGCCUUGUUGACAAAUAUUUGUGCAUGUGUUGCACUUCUGAUUUGAACCUAUGAAUAAGCUUGUUCAUCUA